CUUUAGUGACCGGGUAACUGACCAGUAGCUAGCAGUGCCGCGAAAUCAAUAAUUCGACCGUUGGCAUAGUUAUAAAAAAGAGCAACAGAGCCCCUUGCGGGAACAGUUCCAUAAAUUACUCAUUUUUGUAGAUAUUACGGAUACUAAGUGCACUAAUUACAGCAUGGAUAUUCCCGAAACAGGAGCCAUAUUCAGUUUGGGAAAAUCCCAUUUGGUGGAAAAUAAUCAAAGUUACUUUUUUGUUAAAAAUGAUCCAGUAAAACGUUUGGUAUCGGGUGCUAAUCAGAGUGCAGUCAUUUGUGAAUCGGGUCGCUUAUUUGUUUGGGGGGAAAAUCAAUUCGGUCAGUUGGCCACGGGGGACGGAGAGCCACCCGACGGGGGCGCCCGCAUCAUUAAGAAGCCGACCUGUGUUAAAACACUGAAAGCCCUCGGUCUAAAGGUACUGGACAUUAGCUUCGGACUUGGCUGGAGCGUUAUUCUCACAAAUUCCAAUGAAAUUUAUUUCGCCGGGCGCAACAUUUUCCCACAGACAUCAAACACUUACCAACACUUUUCUCCUGUGGACGUAGCAACGGAAAAGUUUCACGUAACACGGAAAGUUAUUGCUAUAGAGGAAUUUUCCCGUGUGCUCAACGGUCUACAAUUACAAAGGGUUGUAGCGGGUAACGACUAUUUUGCUGUCUUAACAACUACCGGCAGGGUUUUUGCAUGGGGACACAAUGACAAGAACCAAAUAGGACCUUAUGAUUCAACAUUACCAGAACCGAUUGAAAUCGAAGUCGGAAUUCCAAUAAAAAAAGUUGUUUGUGGACCGGAAUCAACACUUAUUCUUACUGAGGAGAAUCAACUGUACUUAACUGGAGCGCUCAAUGAUUUCCAGUAUCCUAGACCAACAGAAUUAAACCAUAUUUCCCCAAAGGAAGAAAUAAUUGAUAUGCAAAUCUCGCACACCAAUGAAAUAUAUUUGGUAACAGAAAGUGGCAAUAUUCACAAAAGUGUGGAAUCACCGCGAACAAACAAUUUAACAUUCAGCAAAUUUUACGAUUACGAUCAGGAUGAAAAUGGCAUCGUAGUAAAAUUACUGAAAGGAAAUUCAUUUUUCGUGGCCCUUACUAGAGCCAAGAAGCUCUUCACUACCUUUUCCGAAAGUGGACAUCAUUUGAAAACAUUCCGGGAAAUAUCGAAAUUUAAAAAUUUGAGAAUACUUGAUUUUGCUGUUGGUGAACGACAUGUCCUAGUCCUGGGUAUUCCUAAGGCUCCAAGAAGCGUAGAAAGCAGCUACAGAAAUCUAGGCACAGCAACCACACCAGCAGAAAUCUUCACAAAUGGCUUUGCUUCCACAAAUGGAGACUUGAAUGAAAAUGAAGAAUACGAGCAUGAAGGAUUCCGUGAUUUGAGUAAAACUCGGCAGAAGAACAGUAAUCAAGUCUCAACCCCGAGAGACAGCUUGAACACUUCCACAACCAGUUUACAAAAUAACAAUACACAUAACACAUUUCUUGAUCAAGGCUUAGAAAAGUUAGGUACAUUGACGUCAAAAUCAAUUGACUUUCCAAAUUCCCCAAAACUUGACGAACCAAAAGAAUUCGAGUCUUUCGAAGAAAGCAAUUCAGAACCAACAAGUAAUAUUAACAAAAUUAAUUCAGAGAAAAGCCUUAACGGUACUCAAAGUUCAGUAUCAACUCAAGCCACCGGGAAAAACGAAAUAACUCAGAUAGACAUGGAGAAACCCUUGGAGAGGGCUGAACUCCUUCCACCUCUUGAUUUGAUGACGCCUUUGAAACCAACUCAGUCUCGACAGAAUUCAGCACGCUCAAUACGGUUUGAUGAAAGUACACUUAUACACACUAAAUCAACAGACCGCCUUAAUCGUCCCCAAACUCCAUACCCAGAUCCUAAUAUUUCUCCGCAAAUUCGGAAAACCUCCAUUUCUUCAACAGAAGAUGAUCUUAACCAAAAUGUAACCCCAAUGUUAAUAGACAGCCUAGAACACAUCCCCGAAGAUUCUCCAGAUUCCCCUGGGGCCCAAACCGCACGCCGUAUGAGUCUCAAAUAUUCCGACCGCGGUCUCAGCACUGAGAAGCUCGAAGGAAUAACACGAGUCAUUUCUGCAAAAACUCCUGGCGAAAGAGAUCCUAAAUUUGCUUUACUCGAUGACAGUCUCGAACAAGAUGAAGAAUUUAAAGUGGAAAUCGCACACAACACAGACGACAACAAAAACGAAAUUCGUUUCAUAAACGAUGGCGUUGACGUAACAAAAACGAUUGAGGAAGUGCCUGAUGAAGUAGACGAAAUAUUGUCGGAAUCCAUAAAAAGUGGAACCGAGUCUCUUGAGGAGCUCAGGAAGCUUCCGAAACAAAAAAAUAUAUUGAGUGUAUUAGGUGAAGAGCCAAUUGCCGAGGUGACAGACGGAAAAAUAACCAAAGAUUUGAAGCAAAUUACUCAAGAAGAUAUAUUGAGUCUGAAUGAGGGGGACGAAUCCAAUGACUCCGCGAAUACUUCGAAGGACGACGGAAAAUUGAAAAUUAGUCGAGGGGAAGAUGAUGAACGGACAACAGCUUCGGUCAGCUCUAAUAUCGUUACCACCAAUUUCGAGAACGACAGCGAUAAUUCAAGCGAUCGCAAGGAGUGUAACUCUCCAAAUACAAUUGAGAGUGCAGAUCCAGAAACGAAGAAACAGAAGGUUCGUCGAUUUAUCAACGACCUAAAAACCAAAAGCAAGGAAAUGUCAUGCAAGAACGAACAAUCAGUAUUAGUUGAAGAUGAGCCACCAAAGUAUUCUGUCACAGAUGACAACGGAGCUGAUCAGAAAACCUCAAAAGUUUGCACAAUCUUAUAAAAUAUGCAAUAAUUUUAUAAGCAUUUGUUUGGAAUUGUCACUUUCCGCAUUUUGUUAAACAAUUGACUAGUGAUGUUUCGAAUAAUAGAUUUUGAAACAAA